AGGUUAUGUUUAUCAUCAAAUUCAAAACAAAAUGGGUGCACUGAAAUCCAAAGGAACAAUGUUAAAUAUGCCAAAGUUCAGUUUCUCCAAAUAUGACUGCAUUGGUUUCGAUUUAGAUAAUACCUUAGCGCGAUAUAAAGUUGGCAAUAUGAUUGAAAUGGAAUAUAAGAUAAUCUCAAAUUACCUGGUGAAACAAAAAGGAUACUCAGAACAAUUCCUAUUGAAGCCCUUUGACCACAAUUUCAUUAUUAAAGGUUUGAUACUAGAUGAUGAACGAGGAAACCUGUUGAGGAUAUCUCCAGAUGGUUCAAUUCUUCAAGCUACACAUGGCACUAAGUGGUUGAAUAAUGAUGAGAUAUUGAACUAUUAUCCAGAUCGUCACUGGAAAGUUACUGACCUAUUUAUCCAAGACCCUCUACAAACUUGGAAUGGCCCAAAUUCUGAGAAAAUGAGAACUUUGUUGGACUAUUUUGAUAUUGCCAUCAGUCUGGCAUUUGCAAGAGCUGUGGAUGCUCUAGAAUCUUCCACUACAAAUAAUUAUGAGAAGCCUAAGCCAAUGUACCAUAUCUGGCCUGAUCUACUUGAUUCUCUAGUCUAUAUGUUUGAUAGAGACCAUUUUAGCAAAAAUAUAGGUGAAUACUUUCCAGAAAUGAAAAGACAUCCUGAACAUUAUUAUUAUAAGUGCAGUGGUACCUUACUGAAAUGGCUUCAGUCUUUGAAAGAUAAUGGAAAGCGGUUAUUCUUGAUAACUGGUGCCCAUGUAGAUUUUGCUUCUCACACAGCAGUCAAUACUAUUGGUGCAAACUGGAGGGAUUAUUUUGACAUUGUGAUUUGUUAUUCAAAGAAGCCUGGAUUUUUCAAUAUGAACAGAAGUUUUCAUGAUGUGGUUGGAGUAAAAGAAACAAGCCCUGUAUCUUCAGAAGAAUUGAAAUUAGGUGGUAUUUAUACACAGGGAAAUUGGACAGAUUUAACCAAAUUCAUGAAAAAACAUUCUAACAUUGAAAAUCCCAGCUUUGUUUACAUAGGUGAUAACUUGAUUCAGGAUAUUUACACACCCCAUGUGCAUUGCAAUUGUGAUACAGUUGCUGUUUGUGAAGAAUUAGAAGCUGAAAGAACACAUGAAUUCAGUGAAAGGUGGCACCCUGAUGAACAAUUUCUAUGUUCCACUGUAUGGGGCUCCUAUUUUCAUUGUAAAAACUCUAAUGUUACUAAUUGGCAUAAUAUCAUAAAAACACAUUCACGUAUUUGUGUUCCAAGUUUAGAAUAUGUAGCUGGUUUCCCUGUGAAUCAUGAGUUUUCUUUACAAAAUAAUGGGAUUCCUUAUGCAAACAGGGAACUCCAGACUAUGUCAGUUGAUAGGUAAAAUAACAUUAUCAAAAGUAGGAACAACAAUAUUAUUCAGUCCAUUUAUUAUAGAUACCUAUUAUUCUAAUAUUAUUCACAUUAUAUUCAAUCUGAUUCUUAUUUUGUAAAUAAUAAAUAAUGUGAUACAUACUG